CUGGCUGACCGUCUGCACAGCAGAAGUCAUUCUGGAGUUUGUCAACGUAAACUCAAGACUAACCAGAAGAUAAAGUUCCAGUAUGUGUUUGAGGGGAUUGCUAAAGCAGGAAACCCAACCGUUCUGCAUCAGAUGUUCACAGAGAUCUACAUCAUGGAGGGAGGGGCUGCAGGGGUCAAUGAAGAACAUGAGGUCAAACAGAUUGAAGCAGCAUCCAGGAAACCAGACAGACCAGAAACAAUAGUCAGAUGUGAAGACAUCUUUAAAGCCCCACCUGGAAGAGAUGAACCAAUCAGAACCGUGAUGACAAAGGGAGUGGCUGGCAUCGGGAAAACAGUCUUAACACAGAAGUUCACUCUGGACUGGGCUGAAGGCAAAGCCAACCAGGACAUCCAGUUCAUAUUCCCAUUCACCUUCAGAGAGCUGAAUGUGCUGAAAGAGAGAAAGUUCAGCUUGGUGGAACUUGUUGAUCACUUCUUUAGUGAAACCAAAGAAGCAGGAAUCUGCAGGUUUGAAGAGGUCCAGGUUGUCUUCAUCUUUGACGGUCUGGAUGAGUGUCGACUUCCUCUGGACUUCCUCAUCACUGAGAUCCUGAGUGACGUUAAAGAGUCCACCUCAAUGGGUGUGUUGCUGACAAACCUCAUCAGGGGAAAUCUGCUUCCCUCUGCUCGCCUCUGGAUAACCACACGACCUGCAGCAGCCAAUCAGAUCCCUGCUGAGUAUGUUGACAUGGUGACAGAGGUCAGAGGAUUCACUGACCCACAGAAGGAGGAUUAUUUCAGUAAGAGAUACAGAGACGAGAAGCAGGCCAGCAGAAUCAUCUCCCACAUCAAGACAUCACGAAGCCUCCACAUCAUGUGCCACAUCCCAGUCUUCUGCUGGAUCACUGCUACAGUUCUGGAGAAGGUGUUGAAGACCAGAGAGGGAGGAGAACUGCCCAAGACCCUGACUGAGAUGUACAUCCACUUCCUGGUGGUUCAAUCCAAACUGAAUGUUAAAUAUCAUGGGAAAUCUGAGAUAGAUCAACACUGGAGUCCAGAGACCAGGAAGAUGAUUGAGUCUCUGGGAAAACUGGCUUUUGAGCAGCUGCAGAAAGGCAACCUGAUCUUCUAUGAAUCAGACCUGACAGAGUGUGGCAUCGAUAUCAGAGCAGCAUCAGUGUACUCAGGAGUGUUCACACAGAUCUUUAAAGAGGAGAGUGGACUGUACCAGGAGAAGGUGUUCUGCUUCGUCCAUCUGAGUGUUCAGGAGUUCCUGGCUGCUCUUCAUGUCCAUCUGACCUUCACCAACUCUGGAGUCAACCUGCUGGCAGAAGAACAAACAACCUCCCGGCUGCUUAAAGUCUUCAGAGAAACCCGUAAACUAAAACAUCUCCAUCAUAGUGCUGUUGACAAAGCUUUACAGAGUCCAAAUGGACACCUGGACUUGUUCCUCCGCUUCCUCCUGGGUAUUUCACUGCAGACCAAUCAGAGACACCUACAAGGUCUGAUGACCUAUGCUGGAAGUAGCUCAGAGACCAAUCACGAAUCAGUUGAGUACAUCAAGACGAAGAUCAGUGAGAAUCUGUCUGCAGAGAGAAGCAUCAAUCUGUUCCACUGUCUUAAUGAACUGAAUGAUGGUUCUCUAGUGGAGGAGAUCCAACAGUCUCUGAGUUCAGGAAGUCUCUCCACAGAUAAACUGUCUCCUGCUCAGUGGUCAGCUCUGGUCUUCAUCUUACUGACAUCAGAAGAAGAUCUGGACGUGUUUGACCUGAAGAAAUACUCUGCUUCAGAGGAGGCUCUUCUGAGGCUGCUGCCAGUGGUCAAAGCCUCCAACAAAGCUCUGCUGAAAGGCUGUAACCUGUCAGAGAGAAGCUGUGAAGCUCUGUCCUCAGUUCUCAGCUCCCAGUCCUCUAGUCUGAGAGAGCUGGACCUGAGUAACAACAACCUGCAGGAUUCAGGAGUGGAGCAUCUGUCCUCUGGAUUGGAGAGUCCACACUGCAGACUGGAAACUCUCAGGUUGAGUGGCUGUGACCUGUCAGAGAGAAGCUGUGAAGCUCUGUCCUCAGUUCUCAGCUCCCAGUCCUCUAGUCUG